GCUGUUGAUGGAGAAGGGGGCGGAUGACAGCCGGGACGGUGGUCAUCACCGGGGGCAUUUUGGCGACUGUGAUUCUGCUGUGUAUCAUCGCAGUUCUGUGCUACUGCCGCCUGCAGUACUACUGCUGCAAGAAGGAGGAGUCUGAGGAGGACGAGGAGGAGCCCGACUUCGCCGUGCACUCCGGCCUGCCCCCGCUGCACUCCAACCGCAACCUGGUGCUGACCAACGGGCCCGCGCUCUACCCCGCCGCCUCCGCCUCCUUCGGCCAGAAGUCCCCGCAGGCCCGCGCCCUCUGCCGCAGCUGCUCCCACGGCGAGCCGCCCACCUUCUUCCUGCAGGAGCCCGAGGACCAGGGCGUGCACAACGGCGGGGACCGCGUGGCCCGCAGGACCGGCAGCCAGGAGGACGCGGAGCUGCCGCCGGGGACCUUCGGGCACCUGCAGCUGCUCAACCCCGACCGCCUCUCCGCCAUGCGCGAGGCCUUCUCACGGAGCCGCAGCAUCAGCACCGACGUCUGAGCGGCCCCGCC